CGUAUACACAGCACAGUGUUCGUUCGCUAGAGACAGUCAGCAGUAGACAAUGGCUGAUGAUAAUGUUGAAGAAUUUUUAGAAGAUGAAUCUUUAUCAGAAAAAGAAUUCCACCUACAAAAUCCUGAUGUUGUUAUAAGGGGGACAACUCUUAGACACUCUGCUACAACAGAUACUUUAGAUUCUGUAUAUCUAGAACCAACAGCAGCUGAGGAAGACGUUCAAGAUAUUAUUACAGCCAUACCAGAUUUAGUUAAAGAAUCUACAGACAGUGAUUCUGCCUCAGGUAUUCUGGAUGAAAAACUAGAGACAGAAACAAGUGAUGUGGGACAGAAGGUGACAGAUCAAAUGCCAGGUCUAGCUGAAGAACUAAAACACACUGAUAAGGCUCAGGGCCAAUUAAAUAUUAGUAGUUAUUUUGCUGACCAGAACUCACUUGAUGACCCUUUCAACAGCUCAGCUUUUGUUAAUGUGUCAACAGAAGAUGCUAAUCAAACAGAAGAAAAGAUUCUGGAAGAAAAUGUGUUUGAAAAUUUUGUUGAAGAAGAAAGCAGUGUACACCAACAUUUAGAAUCCAGACUCUCUCAUGAAGAACCAGAAAGUGUUGACUUUCAGGUUGAAAGUGAUGUAAAUGUGAUGGAAGCCUCAUUACAAGUGAUUGAUGACAAAGAAGAUUUUGAAAUGUUUACAGCAGAAAAUGACCCUGAUCCUGAAUUCACAGAGUAUGGUGUGUCUCCUGGAAGUAGUUUACUUUCAGAAAGAAUACAUCAGAUGCACCUGUCUGAAUCUGAUCAGAAUGAACCAGAACAAUCUGGAUUUGUCGGAAGUAUUGACAGGCAACUGUCGUCUGCUAGUCAUCAUUCUAUUGGCAGUGAACCAAUAAUAUCUCCAUUACCAGUGUCACAGUUUUCUUCUAACCAGUUUUCUCCUUUUGCUACACCAACACAUCAACCAGUACCACUACCACCUGUACCAUCAAGUCAACUACCAAGUCAGCCUACACCAACACAUCAAAAAGUGCAUUCACCAUUGGCUAACAUCCCAUCAAGUCAACCCCUAGGUCAGCCAACAGCUGAGAUUAACCCAUCAUUUGAAACAGCAACUCAAGUAAUAUCAACUGAAGUACCCUUAAAAACACCACCUCACACUACAGCAUUCUCAGAUACAAUUGGAGAGGACUUGUUUCUGUCAAGUAUUCAGAUGAGUGAUUCAGAUCGCCAACAUGAUGCUUGGCUACCAGGAGAUCAUACAAACUUCACACCUGUAGCAGAAAAUCUUAGUACACCAGGCUUGGUAGUCAAUGAACCUCAGGGUGAUCCAGUGAGAGAUUUAGUAUAUCGUUAUAUGGGAGAACAGGAAGCUAUAAAGAGACAGGUGCUGACUGUAGACAGUGUUACACAAAAUAUAGAAGGACUCCAAAAAUUAAUUGCUGGAGGUUGUUACAGAUCAGCCGUAGAUUUAACAGGGAGGUUGUUGACAGAGACAGGACAGGGUCCAGACCAAGUAGGACAGAUCACCACUCAUACAACUCAUUCUUUACAAUUAUGGUUUUGUCGCUUUGCCUUGCUGAUGAAGUUGAGAUAUUAUAGUAUUGCUGAAUCAGAAUUCCAAGCAUUCCAGAAUCUAGAUACUCCUGAUCUCUACUAUGAAUAUUAUCCUAGGAUGUAUCCAGGCAGAAAAGGUUCAAUGGUCCCUUUUGGUAUGAGAAUAUUACAUGCUGAAUUACCACAUUAUUUAGGCAGGUCACAUGAAGCUUUAGAUAGACUAUACUAUGUAUUAGCUGUAGCACAAAAGAUUUUGAUAGAUGGUUUGGCUGAAGAUGGAAGUACAGUAGAGAUUACUCCAGAAAGUAGAAAAGUUUCCAAGGAAUUAUGGCAGGAAAGAGAAAAACAAGUAUUAUAUAUCAUAGGGAAUACAUUCCUAGCAAUUAAGGACUAUGAAGCUGCUGUGAGUGUAUAUGAUUCUAUAUUGAGUAAAGAUUGUUCUUGUAAGGCUGACCUACUAAGUGGCAUUGGAAGAAUAUACUUACAGAUUGGUAACGUACCAAAAGCCAAAGACUGUUUUAAACAAGCAGAAGUAUUGUCUGAUAGUCAAGAUAAAUAUGUUAAAUGUAGGAAUUUUAUAAAUAGAGGUUUAGAGGGCAUGUGUUUAAACAACUUUUCAGAAGCAUUCCAGAGUUUUAAGAAUGCUGUUGAAUGUGAUCCAAAAAAUUCCUCAGCUGUUAACAAUAUGGCUGUUUGUUCCUUGUAUGUUGGAAAGUUAAUGGAUGCUUUGAAGAGUCUGGAAGUCUUAGUUCAUGAAGAUCCUGAGAGGAAUUUACAUGAAGGAGUUUUAUUUAACUUGUGUACUUUAUAUGAACUAGAAUCAUCAAGGGCUUUACAUAAAAAACAAGCAUUACUGGACCUGGUCAGUAGACAUAAGGGUGACGGAUUUCCUGUUGCUUGUUUGAAAAUGGCUUGAACUUUGCACCAUAUACUGACUGCUUCAUAGGAUGUGGACAGUACCUGCUGAAAAUAACUGGCUAGUGUUUCACAAAGCAACAGUAUGAUUUGAAUUCAAAAAUCUUUUAAUUUAAAUCGAGUGUUUUUAAGUUAUCUACUUGUAAAGGAUGCAAUUGCUUUGAGGAACAGUAUCCUGUACAUUAUAAUAAAAAGGGACCAACUUAUGUUAUAACAUAUUUAUUUUUCUCAAAUCACAGUUCUGUUUGCAUCAUUUAGGUAACUUCCAACGUACAAGAUUUAAAGGAUAUUUUCUACCAUAUAUUUUCUUUGGAAUAUCUUGAAAUCAAGUUAUUAUGAUUAUAAAAAAAACAUCUGACAAUACAUCGUAUAAAGGACCAAACUUUUUUCCAGAUUAUUUUCAUGGAACCCAUUUGUUACAUAAAUGACAGGAGAUUUUGAUGAGUAUUACUCAAUGAAACCUAAGUCCACAAACAUAAUUACACCCAAGUCAUCUAAGAGUUUGACUAAAGGUCUUUAAGAUAGAUAAGUGUCUGUACCAUGUGUCAAGCUCUCUUAGUCUAGACAAUUGUGUUUGAAUAUUAAUACAGAGAGUUGCCGUAAACACCUUUUAUCUAACAGAAAAUAAAAGUAAUAAAUAAACAAAGAUAAUAAUAGACAAGAUUUCUGAUAUAGGUCAGAAACAUUAACAUGUUUUGAUGUUAAUCUAAUGUUUUGACUACUCAAUCCUCUACCUUUUUAUUCCAAUCAGUGGUAUGACAAACGGUACAGAGGAAUAGACAAUAAAAGCCAGUUCCGAAUAAACACUUAAUUACAUCAAUAUAAACAACAAAAACAAAGCUACAAUUAACUCUUGUAGUCUCGAACUUGGUUGACUUGAAAUUUCGGAUGAGCCAAAAUUUUCCCGUUGUCCCGAACUUUGUUCCAUAUAAAUAUAUGUAUUUUGACUCCUACUGAGGCGAAAUUUUUGUUUACCCGUAACAUUUAUGGUUCCAAGGUUAACAUGCAUUUAAAUUACAUUUUUUAUCUGGAACAAAUACAUAUAUGUGUCAAAACAUGACCUCAGGGAUUUAAAUGGAUUGACAAGGUAAUCUGACAACUUUGAUCCUGAAAAUUAAUAAUAUUAAAGCGAUAUGUUGUUGUGGAUUAUGAAAUAUGAUUUUAAAUGUUUUAUAUAAAUUAACGGUAAUCAUUCAUUAAUGAGCUUGGUUGUGCAUGAAGUGAUAAAAACUACUCAAUCAGCGUCUUUAAUCUUUUAUAUUUUCUUUUGCGGAAAAAGGACGAAAUAAUAGACAAUGAAAAGAAGUCUUAAUUUUCACAAAUUUCUUUAAAAAGAAAUAACUUUGAGAACAAAAAAAGAACAUAUAAUAUUAUUAUAAUAAUAAAAGACCAUUCAUAUGUGUACAGAUACACCGAUCUCAGACCAGACUAUGGAUCCCCAUAUUCAUCUGUAUUUAUUUUAGCCUUACCAAGCUUAGCAAGAGUUGUGUCCCUUGGUCUGUCAGACUUCCGGUAUUCAUUUCAGUCGCACUACAGGUAUCUCGAAAAUAUUUCUCUGGUCCAGCUGACUUCAAGAUAACAAGAGUCGACUGUCUAAGUAAAACAGUACUAGUAAUAACAAAUCAAAUAAUGUUCUUAGUUACUGAAGCUCAAAGUUCUUAAACUGAUGAUCUUCUAAUAUCAGCUGUUGUACUGACAUAGAUUUAGUACAGCAAUGUCAUGAACAGUACAGAAAAAACAAAAUUUUGUGCAAUGCUUAGAUUAAAUAUGUGUUUGUAGUAUUUUAAUAAGUCUUCUUUUAAACAGUCAAAAGGUAAAUUGAUAUUGAAUUUCAAAAUUAAAAGAUGCAAAGUAACAGAAUAAUAAUAAUCUUUAUCAAUGUAUUUAUUAAGCUAAAAAUAGAGAAAGUUUUGGUCAAUAUGCAUGGGUCAUAUUAUCUGAUGAAUAAGACUUUUCAUGACCAAAACUUUUUAGCUAGGUUUCAGACAUUUCUUACAACAUUAGUAACUUAAAACAAAAGAACUUGUCUAAAUAUUCAGAUAUUAUUUGGAUUUAAUUAUUAAUGAAACAGAUUGUUGUUUUGUGACAUGAAAAUUUGAAUAAUGGUACGGAACCAUAUUGUUUUACAAAAAAAAUCAUGAGAUAAUUUCUUAAAUGAAAUCUAAAUGAAUGAAGUUUAGAGAAUGAUUUUUCAAUAGGGACAGUGCAAUAAUUUUCUCACAUUAUUUUGUUUGUCUUAUUUCAGUUUGUUUUAUUGUGUUUUGCAUUGUGUGCAUUGUAUUUAAUUAAAAAAAAAUUAUAUGCAUUUAGAAAUAAAUUAUUAAAACAUU